AUGGCCCUGGACGGCGAGCGGGGGGAGCAGGAGGAGGAGAAGAAAAAGAAGAAGAAGAAAAAGAAGAGGAAGAAGAAGAAGGAGGAGGAGGAGGAGGAGGGGGCCGGGAAGAGCAGCUCAGCCUUCGCGGCCGCGAUGGGCGACGACGACGCCGCGCUCCGGGCAGGCGGCAGGGGGCUCUCGGACCCGUGGGCGGACUCGGUGGGAGUGCGACCCCGCACCACCGAGCGCCACAUCGCGGUGCACAAGCGGCUCGUGCUGGCCUUCGCUGUGUCCAUCGUGGCCCUGCUCGCGGUCACCAUGCUCGCCGUGCUGCUCAGCCUGCGCUUCGACGAGUGCGGGGCGAGCGCCGACGGCGGCCUCGCGGGCUUCCCCGAGCGCGGCGGCAACGCGAGCCUCCCGGGACCGGCCCGGCGCAACCACCACGCGGGCGGGGACUCCUCCUCGCAGCCCGAGGCGGGCCGGGUGGCCACCCCGGGGACCCCUUCCGCCCAGCCGCCGUCGGAGGAAGAGCGCGAGCAGCAGCAGCAGCCGUGGACGCAGCUGCGCCUGUCGGGCCGCCUCAAGCCGCUGCACUACAAUCUGAUGCUCACCGCCUUCAUGGAGAACUUCACCUUCGCCGGGGAGGUCAACGUGGAGAUCGCGUGCCGGAACGCCACCCGCUACGUCGUGCUGCACGCCUCCCGGGUGGCGGUGGAGAAGGUGCAGGUGGCCGAGGACCGCGCGGCCGGCGCUGUUCCGGUGGCUGGCUUUUUCCUCUACCCGCAAACCCAGGUCUUGGUGGUGGUGCUGAACAGAACCCUGGAGGCGCAGAGGAAUUACAACCUGAAGAUCAUCUACAACGCCCUGAUCGAGAACGAACUCCUGGGCUUCUUCCGCAGCUCCUACGUGCUCCACGGGGAGAGAAGAUUCCUUGGUGUUACUCAGUUUUCACCUAUACAUGCCAGAAAGGCAUUUCCUUGUUUCGAUGAGCCAAUCUACAAGGCCACUUUCAAAAUCAGCAUCAAGCAUCAAGCAACCUAUUUAUCUUUAUCCAAUAUGCCAGUGGAAACUUCUGUGUUUGAGGAAGAUGGAUGGGUUACGGAUCACUUUUCACAGACCCCUCUCAUGUCCACAUAUUAUUUAGCCUGGGCAAUUUGCAACUUCACAUUCAAAGAAACUACCACCAAGAGUGGGGUCGUAGUACGAUUAUAUGCAAGACCUGAUGCUAUCAGAAGAGGAUCCGGGGACUAUGCUCUCCAUAUAACAAAGAGAUUAAUAGAAUUUUAUGAAGACUACUUUAAAGUGCCCUAUUCCUUGCCAAAACUAGAUCUUUUAGCUGUGCCUAAGCAUCCAUAUGCUGCUAUGGAGAACUGGGGACUUAGUAUUUUUGUGGAACAAAGAAUACUGCUGGAUCCCAGUGUUUCAUCUAUUUCUUAUUUGCUGGAUGUCACCAUGGUCAUUGUUCAUGAGAUAUGUCACCAGUGGUUUGGUGACCUUGUGACUCCUGUGUGGUGGGAAGAUGUGUGGCUGAAGGAAGGUUUUGCUCACUACUUUGAAUUUGUUGGUACAGACUACCUCUACCCUGGCUGGAAUAUGGAAAAGCAAAGGUUUCUGACGGACGUUCUGCACGAAGUGAUGCUGCUGGAUGGUCUGGCCAGUUCUCAUCCAGUAUCCCAAGAAGUACUACGGGCUACAGAUAUUGACAGGGUGUUUGACUGGAUCGCAUAUAAAAAGGGUGCUGCUUUAAUUAGAAUGCUGGCUAAUUUUAUGGGCCAUUCAGUUUUUCAGAGGGGUUUGCAAGAUUAUUUAACCAUUCAUAAGUAUGGCAAUGCAGCCAGAAAUGAUCUCUGGAAUACAUUGUCAGAGGCUUUAAAAAGAAAUGGAAAAUAUGUCAAUAUACAAGAGGUAAUGGAUCAGUGGACACUCCAGAUGGGCUAUCCUGUCAUCACCAUCUUGGGAAAUACAACAGCAGAAAAUAGAAUAAUAAUUACCCAACAGCACUUUAUUUAUGACAUCAGCGCUAAAACUAAAGCACUUGAACUUCACAAUAACAGUUACCUGUGGCAGAUUCCAUUAACUAUUGUGGUAGGAAAUAGAAGCCAUGUGUCUUCAGAAGCAAUUAUUUGGGUGUCUAACAAAUCAGAGCACCACAGAAUAACUUAUUUGGACAAAGGAAGCUGGCUUCUGGGGAACAUCAAUCAAACCGGCUACUUUAGAGUCAACUAUGACCUGAGGAACUGGAGGUUAUUAAUUGAUCAGUUAAUCAGGAACCAUGAGGUUUUCUCUGUCAGUAACCGAGCAGGUUUGAUCGACGAUGCCUUCAGCCUAGCCAGGGCUGGCUAUUUGCCUCAGAAUAUUCCCCUGGAGAUUAUCAGAUACUUGUCUGAAGAGAAGGAUUUUCUUCCUUGGCACGCUGCCAGUCGAGCUCUUUAUCCUCUGGAUAAAUUACUGGACCGCAUGGAGAACUACAAUGUCUUCAAUGAAUAUAUUUUAAAGCAAGUUGCAACGACAUACAUCAAGCUUGGAUGGCCAAAAAAUAAUUUUAAUGGAUCUCUUGUUCAAGCGUCCUAUCAACAUGAAGAGCUACGUAGAGAAGUUAUAAUGCUGGCAUGCAGUUUUGGCAAUAAACACUGUCACCAGCAGGCAUCAACACUUAUUUCAGAUUGGAUUUCCAGCAACAGGAACAGAAUACCGCUAAAUGUUAGAGACAUCGUCUACUGUACAGGAGUGUCACUGCUGGAUGAGGAUGUCUGGGAAUUCAUAUGGAUGAAAUUCCACUCCACCACAGCAGUUUCAGAGAAGAAAAUAUUAUUGGAAGCCUUAACUUGCAGUGAUGACAGAAAUUUGUUAAAUAGACUUCUCAAUCUAUCACUGAAUUCUGAGGUGGUAUUAGAUCAAGAUGCAAUUGAUGUCAUAAUCCACGUAGCUCGAAACCCACAUGGCCGAGACCUUGCCUGGAAGUUUUUCAGAGAUAAAUGGAAGAUACUAAAUACCAGGUAUGGAGAAGCAUUAUUUAUGAAUUCUAAACUGAUCAGUGGAGUUACAGAAUUUCUUAAUACUGAGGGUGAGCUCAAAGAGCUAAAGAACUUCAUGAAGAGUUACGAUGGGGUAGCUGCUGUUUCUUUCUCACGAGCUGUGGAAACCGUGGAAGCCAAUGUGCGCUGGAAAAUGCUUUAUCAAGAUGAGCUUUUCCAAUGGUUAGGAAAAGCUCUGAGACACUAGUAUGUGUCUCUUAUAAACAACAACUCAACUUGGAAUAUUUUGAGACAACCUGAUUUAUGUUGAACUAGAAAAAUGUGCUCUGUGGAAAAUGGCCAGAUUUUCAGUGUUAAUGGAUGGGAGGAUUUUAUUUUUAUUUUAUUUUUUGUUUUGGGAUAUUUUUUCUUUAUUUCAUUCAUUCUGUUUUGUUUCUCUACUGGGUGUUCUGCUCUAAAGAAACUCUUGCAAGUGAAACUAGCCAUGGUUGCUUCAGCUGUACAUUUCUUUCUGUACAGGACCAAAUAUGAUAGUGGUGCAUGUCUAUAUUGCAGUCAGUUUGGAAAAAAAUAUUCAUAAUAUGCUGUGCAUGGAUGUGUGGUCUUACCUGUGUUCAAGCAUGCUUAUUUAAAAUGUCCAAUGUUGUAUGUGAAUCUAUGUUACAUCUAGGAUGGGCAUUAUGCAAAGCACAAAGAUUAUCUAUGACAAUCAGUGUUGCAAUGAAAGAAAAUCUAACAAAAAGGAGUUAUAUUCUCAGUCCUGGACAAUGACAGAGGUAAAGAAACCCUUUAAGUGAUCGGUGUCACUUAUUUCAGCACUCGGAUUGUAUGACAAUGAUUACUGUGUUGCUAACUCAAUUUCUUUGAGUUAAAGCUAUAUAGGCAUAUAGAUAGUGUAAACAUAUGUGUAUGUACAUAGGGAAACCCCAUAUGUAUAUAGUAUGUUGUACACUGCACAUGUGCAAAGAAUAUCUUCAGAUCAAAGAAAAUUUAUCUCUUUUUAUAAACUUAAGGACACUGGGAACAGGUGUAAAAGAAGUUAUCUCAACAUUAUUCUUUCUAUUUAUUAACUAAAUUUCUUAACUGUCAAGAUUUUUCAUCUACUUUCUGAUCAAUGGUCUAUUCUGCUGUAUGAAGAUGAGUUGAGACAAAAUAUGUGUAUAAACUAACCACACUUCUAAUUGUCCGAAGUGGCUGCCUCUCAUAGAUUCUGUCAUCAUUUUGGUCAAACUUACGAUGGCAUAAAACUAUUGUGCAAACUUCUAUUUAUCAGUGCUGACAAAGUUUUUAUUUUCUAUCUUGUUUGUAUUCCCAUUUUGUGUUGAGUGAUCCAGAGAUUUAAAAUUUCUCUGUGUAUUGUUAUUUGUCUGUGUCCAUUAAGCAACCAUACCUCAAGUAGGUCUGUUAGCAUUUAUGACCUUUUAUGCUAGUUGUGCCAUCCCUUAGGGUGAAAAGAUACUUUUCUUCUGUCCAAAGUCUUUGUUCUGGCACUGACAACUCUGUUCUACCUGGGAAUUUUGAAAGGAAUGUUCAUGGCUAUGUGUUAUGUAACACAAGAAUUUUUUCCAUGGUAUUCUCACCCAGUAGGCCAGUUCUCCAUGCAUUACAUAGAUGUUUCAAAAUUAAUAUUUUAUGUUUACCAUUAUAAAAUAUGAAUACAACUAUUGUACAUAAGCCAAAUGUUUGUGGACAACUUCUAUGUUCUUGAGGUUUUAUGAUCCCUAAAAUCAGAAAUAAUCAUUUCAAAUACAUGUGUUCUAAUAGUCAAUGAAUACUAAAAUACAACAACAACAAACUAGACACUUUAGAAAAUGGAACAAUAAUGGAAUUGAAGUUUAUUGAAAGAAGAGCAAUUUCCUAACCCAUGGAAUAAGUACCACCUGAAAUUGAAUUUUGUCAAUUAAGCAAUUAUUAUCUAUUACUCAUUUGUAACUUUUGCAGCACAACCUUGCAUUAAAAUGAGUUUUAAAUAUCCUAAGUGGAAGUAUCAAGGCAUGUAAUGCUUAGUGUAAAAUCUAAAUGUAGGUAAUCCAAAGUGAUGAAAUGCAAUUCCUAUGCAUCACAUUUAUGAAAUCUUUAAUGGAUAAGUUAUGAUACAUCACAAUAAUAAGCAUCACACUGCCAUGUAGGUCUGAAACAUGCAUUAUAUCACCACUGAAUUCAUGUAAUAGAGGAGACUAAAAAAUAGAAAUAUCUGUCUUCUUUGCCGUGAACUACUGAAAAUUUUUGGUAGUUGAGGCAUUUUUCUGACAAAUCAUCCUUUUCCAGAUAUUAGUUAAAAGGGCUUUUAUAGUUCUUUUUCCCUCCUUACUGUUAAUAAUCAUAAUAUUUUUCAGUAUUUUAGUGGCCUUGAGCAAUUGUAUAGCUAUAAUAUCAAAUCCUAUGUGUAUAAUUAUGUGGAAUGUUCAAUACCUCAUCUAAUAUUGUUCAACAAUAUAGUGGUAUCAAUGACAUUGAGGUGGCAUUUUUGUUCUACAUAUUUUCAAUAAUUUAUCCUUUUCAAUGAUGAAAU